AUGGCGUGUUUAAAUCAAAGACCGACAGACAGCCAAUCUGCUGUAGGAAUUCUACAGUUAGGUUGGAAAGCUGACACAUACACAACAACUGUGAGAGAAACUAAACAAAUGAUGAAAGAUCUGGACUCAGUAGGCAUCAAAACAGACAUCUCCUGGACACCUGGUCAUGCAAACAUCCUUGGUAAUGAAAUAGCUGACCGUCUUGCAAAGGAAGCUGCAAGUGAAGCUGAGAAAAUGGGCGAGUCUAAUAUCCCAACUACGUUGCAAGACAUAAAGAAAGCAGCAAAGAAGUCAUGUGAGAUGAAAUGGCAGAACAGAUGGCAACUAACAGACACCGGAAGGCAUCUUCACCAAUACAUGCCUAAUGUUGGGCUUAAACUUAAGGUCCCCACAAACACCAGCAUCAAAGUACAAUGCCAGCGUGUCAUCCAUCAGAUUCAAUUGAGAACCGGAUACUGCAUGCUAAAUGGGUAUAUGCAUAGGAUCGGGUUAGCAGAAUCGCCGGUGUGCGCGUGUCAGCAUGGUGCUGAAACAGUCCAGCAUUAUCUUGAAGACUGUGUGAUACAUGAAGAAGCGAGGGAAAGAUUAAGACUAGAAGAAAUUACUAGAUACAUUGGAGUAUAUUCGUUCAAUGCAGAACUACUACUCCAAAGAAAGAAAGAUGACCCUUACACUGAAUGGCGACUUUUAUUGAACGAGACGCUCUGCAGCUUUAUAAGUAUCACGAAGCGUCUCAUGAACAAUACCGCCUCACGUUAA